CUUUUAAUUCGUUUUCUUUUUUCCCCGAACUCUCCUCCGUCUGUCUCUCGCUCAGUACACCUUUCCUAACCUCCAUAAUAAUACUAAUUCAGGGUUCGCGGGUUUGUUUGGUCCAUCAACAUUCACUUCUGAUCCCCCUACCCUCACUUUCGCUUUCGCUUCAACCCCCUCCCAUCAGAAAAAAAAAAUUAAAUAUAAAAAAAAAAAAUUAAAAAUAAACGGCAGUCCGAUUUCCACCAUCCUUGCUCGCCUCAACCCAGCCGUGUGUAUAUCUACAUCAUCUUUUCUGGAGGGUCCUGCUCGUCGGAAGACCUCCCUCAUGUGUUGACUAACCAGCCAAUUUUUCACGCUCGCUACAUUCCCAGGGAGCUUCCUGGGGAUCUUCUGCUCCUAGACUCAUUCCACUGGAGAAAACAAAGACACCACCAUGUCGAAUCGUUUCUCCGUCUAUUCUACCCAGUCCGCUGGCCUUUCGGGUGGUGCCCGCCCAUCUACCGCCCAAAUUUCUACCACAACCUUGCUCAAUGCACUGCACGCACAUUACACUUCAGGACAGGCGUAUCAGCUUGAUGCGGGGUCCAGCCUUGUCGUCAACACUUGGCUGACUGCUACCCAUGGGGGGACCAUAGAUCGUGAGCUGGCUGUGAGAGCGUGGGAGCAUGCCAGGCGACGAGCGGAGGAUGGAUGUAUUGUACUAUGCUCGACUCAUCAAUCCACCCCCUCGCUACUCGAACCUUUUCUGACCUCCGUGCCUCUAUCCACCCCCAAUGUCACUUUCGCGGCGCUUUCCGCACUCAAACCAUUCUGCUCUGCGGUGACAUCCUUCAACCCGGCGUACUCGCUUUACUCUGCUCUCUCCGCUAGCUACACAUUCACCCUGAAAGGUGACCUGGUCGCUCUCACGUUGGCCCUCUCAACGUCCGGCAUCAAUGUUCAGAAGGGACUGCUGGACAUCCCCACAGAACCGGGGUAUCGUGCCUUUGAUGUAUUCUAUUACCUUCUCACUUCCUCGUCAACCGCAGCCGAGCGGGAGUUCUUGGCCUUGAAAGAGCCCUCUGCCUAUGUCCUGCUUAACAAGUCCGGGACCUAUUCUCCUCCAUCCUAUCUUCCCACCGCCGAUGAUGCUGCCGCCGCAGAAGAUUUCAGGGCGGCCCUCAAGGCCAUUGGGAUCAAGGGAGCUGCCCAGCGUGGUAUGCUGUCGGUGCUUGCAGCUCUCUUGAAACUGGGCAAUGCCGCCGGAUUUCUGGUCGAUGAAGAAGAACUCGAUGAAGUCUGCGAAGAGGUCGGAGAUCUGCUAGGCGUAGACCCGGACAUUCUUCUCCACAAGUGCGCCACCGAUGAGCGGGAGCUCCUGAUUACCGGGAUUUACGAGGCAUUGGUCGACUGGGUGAUCACCAAAGCGAACGAAGCCAUUGCCAGUGAGAUCCAGGAAACCGAUCUCAGUGCCAGUGGCUCCGGUCGCGGAGGUCACUUGGCGGAUGACGAUACCGUCAGCAUUUCGGUUGUCGACAUCCCCAGACCGGCCUUUGGAAAGGCUGUCGUGAUGCGAAAUGUGUUCGACGACACCAUCGGAAUCAACGCGGAGAUGAAGGAAGAUGGCGUUCCCGUACCACCUGUCGGGCAAGCAAUUGCCAGCGAGGUUACGGCUGCCGUCGAGCAAUUCGGAGCCGAUCUGGGCCUCACUGCAGAUCCUUCACGGGACUACGAGCUGGACAAGAGACAGGGAGUGCUCGAAAAGGUCGGAAUGGACGUGGACGUGGAUUCUUUCCUUCGCACAAUCCUCAUCCCUGUCGAAAGUGAGGGAGUAUCCGUCGGCAAAAGAGGCCGCUUCGACCUUGCUACCACUCUGGGCAGCAGCAGGAUCUGGCACCACAUCUCCAUUCACCCCAGCGAUGACCUGCCAGAAGCCCUAACUGCACCCAGGCUGCCGACGGCAGCCUGGUCGGCCGGCGUGGUCUCUCGUCAAAUUCGCGAAUGGAGAUUGGCGGAAUGGGCCAAUCGCCGUCUCAAGCAGUUCGACUUCACUGCCGACUUCGACGUGGAUGAGUUCGUUGGCCGAUACGCUCGACUGGGGUGCGCCGAUGGCAGAGAUGGGGUUGAAAGCUGGUUGAUGGAACGCGGAUGGACCAACGGUGACGCCUUUGUGGGCCACCAGCGGAUCUGGAUGAGGGAAACCGCCUGGUGGGAGGCUGAGACGAUGAUUGAUCUCAAACCAGACGAGCCACCAUCCGCCAGUGCUUACAACUUUGGCAAUGGCCUGCUGGACCCAAGCUAUGCAGGCACCCCCAUGGCCGAGUCGACUAGUCUCCUAGGCAGUCGAGACAACCUCACUCAAAGACAGAGCAUGUUGGCUCCUAGUAUCCAGGGCGCUGCCAAGUCAAUCGCGCCCAGCGUUCCACAUACCAUGAAUAUGAUCGGCGACUAUGGUUUAGGUACCAAGGGAGACGAUAAGAAAUGGGACAACAUAUACUAUGAUGGCUUGUUGGAUCCCGAAACUGGUGAUCCCAAACACAUCGAGAAGAGUGAGAUCACAUUCGGUCGCCGCGCCUGGACUUGGUUUGUCUGGGCCCUGACUUUCUGGAUUCCGUCCUUCCUUCUUCGCUACGUCGGGCGGAUGAAGCGCCCCGACGUCCGGAUGGCCUGGAGAGAAAAGUUGGUUCUAGUGUUCUUGAUCCUGUUCUUUAAUGGGGUUGUCUGCUUCUACAUCAUUGCCUUUGGUGACCUUCUCUGCCCCAACAAGGACAAGGUCUGGAAUCAAAAGGAAGUCGGCUGGCAUACCACCGACAACAACUUCUUCGUGAGCAUCCACGGGCAUGUUUAUGAUAUUAGUAAAUUCUGGCGAUUGCAACACAGCGAUACCUCAAUUGAAACUACCUCGUCGCUUAUGGAGCCAUUGGCGGGCCAAAUCCUGGACGCCUACUUUCCACCUCCCCUGACCCGGUUCUGCGCGCCCUUUGUGACCGAUGAUAGCAUCGCUUUACAAAAUAAUGACACCUCUGCCACGGAACUCCAGCCCCUGGCCGUCCACAAGACCGGCCCCAUCCAACAAGCAGACACCACCACCGCCCUGCACAACAUCACCUGGUAUGAGAAGAUCUUCCUGCCAAAGAUCAAAGAGUACUACAAGGGAGAGUUGGUUUGGACUCGGUCUACCGUCGCGUCGCAAGCGGAGAACAGCGAUCGCAAAUGGGUGAUCGUGAACGAGAAAAUCUACGACUUGACGGACUAUUUCUACACGCUGGAUGAAAUGAACAAGCUGGAUACAUACAAGUUCCUUCCGACUAGUUUGACGGACCUCUUUACAAACUAUCCUGGUACUGAUGUCACCGAUAAAUGGCAGACUACACCAUCCUUCCAGAACGCCCAUAACUGCUUGGAGUACGUGUUCUACAAGGGCAAGGUGGAUUUCCGUGAUAGCCCAAGGUGCACAGUGAACAAUUGGAUUUUGCUUUCAUUUUCCAUUUUGAUUUGUACUGUCGUCAUCGUGAAGUUCCUUGCCGCGCUUCAGCUCGGAACCAAGCGUCGUCCCGCGCCGCAAGAUAAAUUCGUCAUUUGCAUGGUGCCGGCAUAUACUGAAGGCGAAGAUGCCCUGCGCAAAGGUCUCGACUCGCUCACAGCGCUCCAGUAUGACAACAAGAGGAAGCUCAUCUUUGUCAUCUGUGAUGGUAUGAUUGUCGGUGGUGGUAAUGACCGACCAACACCUAAGAUUGUGCUUGACAUUCUCGGAGUCGACCCGAAAAUGGAUCCCCCAGCGCUUCCCGUCAAAUCCGUCGGCCAGGGGAGUGACCUGCUGAACUACGGCAAGGUCUAUUCCGGUCUGUACGAGUAUGAGGGCAAUGUGGUCCCCUACGUGGUCGUCGUGAAAGUUGGCAAAGAGUCUGAGCAAAGCAAAUCUAAGCCCGGUAACCGGGGUAAACGUGACUCGCAAGUUCUUCUUCUCAGUUUCCUUAACCGGGUUCACCACCGUGCGCCGAUGUCUCCUCUUGAACUCGAAAUCUUCCAUCAAAUCAACAACAUCAUCGGUGUGGACCCAGAGCUCUAUGAAUACUGUCUGAUGGUGGACGCCGAUACCAGUGUCCGGGAGGAUUCACUCAAUCGUCUAGUCGCUGCAUGCGCAAAUGACGCUAAGAUUGCCGGUAUUUGCGGUGAAACCAGUCUUCAAAACGAGGAACGCAGUUGGUGGACGAUGAUUCAAGUUUAUGAAUAUUACAUUUCCCACCAUCUCGCUAAGGCUUUUGAGUCUUUGUUCGGGAGUGUUACUUGUCUUCCUGGAUGUUUCUGUAUGUAUCGCCUGCGCACCGCCGACCGCGGCCGCCCUUUGAUCAUCUCGGACAAGCUUCUUGAGGAAUACUCCGAUGGCAAUGUAGACACUCUUCACAAGAAGAAUUUGCUUUCCCUCGGUGAAGAUCGUUAUCUGACCACUCUGAUGACCAAACACUUCCCGACCAUGUCUUAUAAAUUCAUUCCCGAUGCCUACGCAAGUACCGCAGCGCCCGAAACAUGGUCCGUUCUUCUCUCUCAGCGACGUCGGUGGAUCAACUCGACCAUCCACAACCUGGUGGAACUGGCCGCGCUGAAAGAUCUAUGUGGAUUUUGCUGUUUCAGUAUGCGAUUCGUCGUGUUGGUGGAUCUCCUUGGUACCAUCAUCCUCCCCGCCACCUGUGUCUAUCUCGGAUACCUUAUCUACCGCGUGGCUAGCCAUACUGGACCGUUCCCCUUGAUUUCGAUUAUCAUUUUGGCUGGUGUGUACGGUCUCCAGGUCAUCAUCUUUAUUCUUAAGCGCCAGUGGCAGCACGUCGGAUGGAUGAUCAUCUAUAUCUGCGCCUACCCGAUCUACAGUUUUGUCCUGCCGAUGUAUUCCUUCUGGAAGCAGGACGACUUCAGUUGGGGUAACACCCGUGUCGUUCUCGGAGAGAAGGGAUCGAAGCGUGUCGUCGCCGUGGAAGACGAGCCUUUUGACCCACGCAGCAUCCCACUCCAACGUUGGGACGACUAUGCCCUUGCCAACAACCUGCCCGGCCGACGCGGCGACUAUGGUGCUGGCCAAGAGAAGUACGGCAGCCGCUAUAUGGACGACAUGGCGAUGGAGAUGGACGACAUGCACUCCAACUACUCUUCUGUGAAGCCCGCCUCCACCAUCUUGACUGGAUUCCCCAAUCAAGCGCGCCACUCCAGCGCCUACCUUCCACCCCAGUCCCCCGCGCCCUUUGGCGGAAAUGUCCCUGGCAACCGAAACUCGCAUCUUUCCAGCUUCACGAGGUACACUGACCACCCUCUCCAGGGCAGUGCGCAGUCACGGCACAUGUCGAUGGGCAACCUCAGCCAGUUCCAGGAGAGUGGGGGGAGCACCAACCGCCACAGUGUGGGCCUGAUGCAGAGCACCGACAACCUCCUUGGAGUGCCACGUCGUAGCUCGCGCAGUCCCGUUGGGGGAGGACUCCAAUCGCGACCCACGAGCGCGUUUGACUUUCGUGGGACCGGAAUGAACGGGCCAGAUGAGGCUUCUAUCACCGAAGCGAUCCGCAGCUGUCUGGCGGAGGUGGAUCUUGACACCGUAACCAAGAAGCAGGUUCGCGCUCUGGUUGAGCAACGACUGCAGACAACACUGGUCGGGGACAAGCGAGCGUUCCUGGACCGACAGAUUGACAACGAACUGGCGAAUAUGUGAAAUAUAGUCAACUUCCCUUGGGGGGGGGGGGAAGGAAAAGAGAG